CUUCUCAACGUCACGAAACAAACAAUCCUUACAAAGAAAUCCAGAAAUCGUUCAAUAAUUGUCAUGUCUUUAAGUUGUUCUAGCUCCGGAACAAUAAUCCCACGUACCCUCGUGGGAAAAGGAAGAAGAAAUAGGGGCUUCUGUCAUUUAGAAGCACCGAGCUUCUCAUCCUUCCAUUAUAAAUUACCCCAUAACUUAUUAAGGCACAUUGGGUUUGUAUCGAAAUCCGACCAGACUUGUUCUUCUACUUCUUCUUCUGUGAUGGAGGAGGACCGUAAGAACCUGGGUUUUGUGUCCGAAGCAGAGGAAUAUUCGAAGGAAUUGGAUGUUGCUGUCAGAGCGGUUCAGAUGGCUUGCUCCCUCUGCCAGAAGGUGCAGGAAAAUUUGAUUGUUAAGUCCAAGAGUGACAGUGAGGUCCAUUCCAAGGACGACAAUUCUCCAGUCACUGUUGCAGAUUGGAGUGUCCAAGCAGUUGUCAGCUGGAUAUUGUCUGAGUGCUUAGGAAGUAAAACUAUCUCAAUUCUUGCUGAAGAAGAUGUUGAAACUCUCUCCAAGACUAGUUCAUCUGCACUGUUGGAAGCUGUUGUUUAUACUGUGAAUGAAUGUCUAGCUGAGGCGCCUCAAUUCGGAGUUGAAGCCCCAAAAUCAGCUCUUGGUGCUUCUGAGGUACUUGAAAUCAUCAGCCGCUGCAACUCGGUUGGUGGUCCCACUGGAAGAUUUUGGGCGCUUGAUCCUGUUGAUGGCACACUGGGGUUUGUGCGUGGAGAUCAAUAUGCUAUAGCUCUUGCACUCAUAGAGGAUGGAGAAGUAAUACUUGGAGUUCUUGGGUGUCCUAACUACCCAAUGAGAAAGGAAUGGUUAACCUAUCAUCAUCGCUAUCAUAGGAUUGUAUCUAAGUUGACUCCUCCAACAUCUGAAACUUGGGACAAAGGUUGUGUGCUCUAUGCUAGAAAGGGAAGCGGCAGGGCUUGGAUGCAACCACUGGUCCAGUUCAACAAGUUUGUGUGGCCAAAUUAUGCAAGAGAAGUGUCAGUUUCUUCCAUUGACAAUCCGGCGUUGGCAACUUUCUGUGAACCUGUGGAGAAGGCCAAUUCAAGCCACUCUUUCACUGAAGGACUGGCCCAUAGUGUUGGUCUCAGGAAGCAGCCACUGAGAGUGUACAGCAUGGUAAAAUAUGCUGCGAUAGCUCGUGGUCAUGCCGAGGUUUUCAUGAAGUUUCCUAGGUCUGGUUACAAGGAGAAGAUAUGGGAUCAUGCUGCUGGUGUCGUUAUCAUACAAGAGGCGGGUGGUGUGGUGACAGAUGCCAGAGGCCGUCCACUAGACUUCUCAAAAGGUGCAUAUUUAGAAGGUCUUGACAGGGGAAUAGUUGCUUGUGCUGGAGCCUCACUACAUGAAAAGAUCAUAGAUGCUGUGGAUGCUAGCUGGGGUUCUUCUUGCCUUUGAGGCAGUUAUUAUAAACCUAAUGUAUAUACAGAACGUACUAAUAUUUAUCUUAAGCUUCUACAACAUCAGAUAAAGUGAGCCUUGUUUUUCUUCUGAGUGUUGUUACUGGUUUCAGUUUGUGAAUCUGCAAUUACUAUUGUUUGGCAUUAUAUGGAUAAUGAAGUCAUUGUGAAUUUAUAAUUCCAUUACAUUCCGAGUUCUGAAUGACAUAAAUUUCAAAUA